GUUAUCGUCGUAGCCGAAAAAGCUUGACUCGCCCCUUCGUCGUCGUGUGUCAGUGAGAAUUUCAGACUUUAAUUUUCUUGUUGCAGUUGGAAUUGUUAUUUUAAUCAUCUGUCUUACUGAAACUAUUCGCUAGUGCGAUUGAUACUUGAGCACCUUACGUUUUCCGUUGAGAGAAUCCCAUGGGUUCGGGAGUGAAAUAAUCACAAUACCCGUAGCAUUGUUGAGUACCGGUAAAUAGUGUGCUUACAUUUUGCCACUGGUUGAAUUUUUGUUUCCUUUUUGUUUACGUUUUGUUUAUUCUCAACGCCUUUCCAUAACGGCCUAUCAUAUCAAAGAGGAAAACUUUCAACAUCAUGGAACCUGAGGCAGAUGCCAUCAAGCAAGAAAACUUGGGGGGGGAUGAACCACCAAUGCAGCCACCUGUUCAAGGCCUCCCUCCAAACCCCAACGACCCCAACCCAAACCCCAACCCCAAUCCCAACCCCAAUCCCAACCCCAAUCCCAACCCCAAUCCAAACCCCAAUCCAAACCCCAAUCCAAACCCCAAUCCAAACCCGGCUCGUAGAGAGUUUUUUCCAAGACCGUAUCACGGUAAAGCUGCGAGACACAGAAAGCCUGUGGUGACACAAAUGUGUGAAAUUUGUAACAUUGAGCUAAUUGGUCAGGUUGUAAUUGAUGCCCAUAUGAAAGGAAGUAAACAUGCUAAAAAGCUCAAGGCCAGAGAACUUCUUUCACAACUGAUAUAUAAGUGUGAAAUCUGCAGUGUGGCACUUAACUCUUCUCAACAACUAGAAGUACACAAUGCAGGUGCUAAACAUAUUGCAAAAGCCAAAGAGAUUGCUGAAUCAGGAGUUCAAGAUGGUGCAGCUCCAGAAAAUAAUGCGCCCAAUGCAGAUGUCGCCAAUGAUGCACAAAAGCCUCCUGUUCAGGCAGAAAAUUUAAAACCUGGGGUAAAUCCACAAGAGUUAUCUUGCACAGUGUGUAAUAUUAAUGUAAAUUCACCUCAGCAGCUUGAACAGCACUUGGCUUCAAAAAAACACAAGGACCGUGAAUCUGGCCGCAUCUCCCAGAGACCUGCCCCCUAUCAGCGUGCCGGUUAUGCUGGCUGGGGAGGCCGGGGUGGCCUCGGUUCGCAGGGCCACUGCCCUCCAGCGCGUGGUGGAGGUGGAGGUGGGAAGGCAGCCUCUGGUAAAUACGCCAGCCUCAGCGCUAGUUUCAAGAGUGCUGGCUACAGCAAUAGUUUUAUCAAACCUGAGGGAGGUGUCAUACUUCCCUCCAACUGCGGGACCAACAGAGGGCCCAAUGAAUCUCAUCCCCAAAACGCUCCAUCGGGAAACAGGGGAUAUAACACAGGAGGCCAAUUUAAAAAUAGGGGAAACUUUGGAAGCCUUACUCCAUAUGUUAGUACUGAUACUGCACGGGGAGGAUUUAAUGCUCGUGGAGGUGCUGCUGUAUCACAAGCUGCAUGGACCAACCCUGGACCAGUGUAUGGAGGGUACGGUUAUGACUACGGCUAUGCUGGGUACAACUAUUCUGGAUAUGAAACCGGUGAAGGCUAUACUGAAGGGUAUGUUAAUUAUGGAAUGAUGCAACCCAUACCUACUGGGCCACCACCCCCACCUCCCCCUUAUUGAUAGAAUUUACCCAUAUUCCAUUUGGGUUUUUUUUUCCCUCAAAUCUGUGUUGGUACAAGUUUUUCCCAUCAUUCAAAUUCUUCCUAAGUCUUGUAGGUUGAAUUUCUAUUUGGUAACAUUCUGUCACCAUUUGUUUCACAUUGUGUUGUUUUGUUGUUGUCUUCUUAAUUUUUAUUUGUCAUUUUUUCUUAUUCACAUGUAGUGUUUAUGUGAAAGGAAAAUUUGUAAAAAGUUACCAAUAGUACCCGUACAUGCUCUGUAUUGUUGCAUCUUGUACAAUGAUGUUGAGUCAAGGAGUAUAUUCUUGGAAUGUUAUGUGUUUAAUGUGUGAGUACUGCAUUUCACCUUUGAGAAGAUGAUAAAAUAUUUGUACCAUUUUCUCUUCUGUCUCACUUAUUCUGAUGAGUUUUUCUCUACCCUCAAGAUAGUAUCUGCGCGCACAGGUUCCAUUUGUCACUGUGUUAUAAAUGUUUUUCAAUCACCAUCUGAUGAUGAUUUUUAUUUUUGUUUGAAAGAAUAUAUGAAGGUAUUUAACUGAAUUAAUUUGUCAAUUUGGCAGUGGAAUUGAGCUAUAUGCUCACCUGCACGUUUUUAUGCAUGUAUUUUCAGACAUCAGUGAAUCAAACUGUCAGCUCAUAAAACGAAGGGAUAGCAUCACAUUUCUUUGUCAAAAUUUUAUACUAAUCAAAUAUUGAAUGCAAGUUGUAAUAUAAAUAUUUCUUGUAAUACUCCAAUGUUACUUCCAAUUGCUUGUAUGUUGUUUCUCAUUCCAUCAAUAAGUUUCCUUUUUACUUUUUGUUAUCUCAAUCAGUUAAGUGAUUAAAUUUUAAUUACUAUGUUGAAUAUUAUUUGCCAAUAUGAAUGGUCUGGCCAAGCUUGUCAGAAUUGUUGUUUCUGUUUGAACUCUGUGUAAGUAAUAAAUGUGUUUAAAAGGUU